GUUGCCUGUCGAGGGAGAGCCAUCCAAGAAGGCCGAACCGAAGCCCAGCCCAAAGGCUACAGCUGAGCCACCGAAAGCCAGCAGCCCGAAGGCAGCGGCACCGAUGCCCAACGGAUCCAGCGAGCCGGCCCCUGGUUUCAGGCGCAUGGAAAUCGUGGAGGCCAGCGAUGAUGAAGACGAGGAGCCGGCCCCCGUCAGCAAUGGCAGCAGCGAGUCUCCAAAGGCAUCAGCGCCAGCAUCUGUACCACCGGCAAAGGCACCGGCAGAGCCCCACCCCGACCUGCACAUCGAGUACACAGCUGCUGGCCUGGAAAAGGCUAAGCAGCAGGCCAAUGGGCUGUUUUCAGCAGGCAACAUGAGCGAGUCGGAGAGGUGGUUCUCGAAAGCCAUUUGGGUGGCUGAGGAGUCCGGGAAGGUGAAGGAGGUUCCGGAGAGCUUGCGGGCGGUGCUGUAUUCCAACCGG